UUCAAAAUGGAGAUUAUUUAUUUGUCGUGGUGUUUCGCAGGCGCAAGCGAGCGAGUUCAAUAGUUUUUACUGAUAACGUGUCGUGUGGUAAAUAAUGAAUUACUUGUUUAUCCAAGCUGGUGAAUGUUAGACUUUAGUGCGGUUAUUAAUUUUGAUUGUUAGUGACUAUAGUGUGAAUAAUAAAUCAAAAACGUAAUCAUGGCGGAUCCUCUCAGCUUACUUCGCCAGUAUAAUGUAAAUAAAAAAGAAAUAAUAGAGCGCGAUAAUCAAAUUAUAUUUGGUGAAUUUUCGUGGCCGAAAAAUGUUAAAACAAACUAUCUUAUGUAUGGAUCGGGGAAAGAAGGAAGUGUUAAAGAAUAUUAUACAUUGGAAUGUCUGCUUUUCUUUCUCAAAAACACACAACUUACCCAUCCAGUUUACGUCAGACAAGCAGCUGCGGCAAACAUUCCUGCAGUGCGUCGCCCAGAUCGUAAAGAGCUGUUGGCUUAUUUGAAUGGAGAAACUGCUACUUGUGCCUCUAUAGACAAAAGUGCGCCACUAGAAAUUCCAACUCAGGUAAAGCGCACACAUGACAAUGAUGGGGGAGAAUCAGCGGCUAAAAAACCUCGUAUUGAGGAGACACAUGUGCAAAAAGUUCGAGAGCAACUUGCUGCACGUCUUGAUGCACCAAAGGAAGCAUCAGUCACCGUUGACAAUAUUAAGUCUUUAUCUGAAGCUAUGUCAGUGGAAAAAAUUGCAGCUAUCAAAGCAAAACGUUUAGCUAAAAAAAGGACAACUAUCAAGAGCAAUGACUAUUCAGACACAUUGGGAGUGGUUGGUUCAGACUUGCGUGCAAUCCUAGACUAUGAUGUUGACCUCACUAAAGACAUUAUCAGUCGUGAAAGGCAGUGGAGAACUAGGACCACAGUUUUACAAAGUAAUGGAAAGAUGUUUGCCAAAAGUAUUCAUGCACUGCUAAGCAGUAUAAAAGCCCGUGAAGAGGGCAGGCCAGGGGCUCCAAGACCACAGCCGGUUGUCAUGCCACCUCCCACUGCUUUACCAGCUCAGCAAGCUCAGUAUAACAGAUACGAUCAGGAAAGAUUUAUUAGACAAAAAGAAGAGACGGAAGGGUUCAAAAUCGAUACUAUGGGUACAUAUCACGGUAUGACCCUGAAAUCAGUGACGGAAGGUCCCAGUGUGCCCGUCGCAGCGCGAGCUCCGCAAACGCCUACACACCCUCGCCAGAUGUCGCAAAACAAUUCUUUACCGAACGGUACGCCGGGAAGGCGAGAGUUACUGCCGGUGACGGCGGCGCGGCCUCCUCCGGGCGGCAAGCGGCCCUCGCGCACACCCAUCAUCAUCAUACCGGCUGCGGCCACCUCGCUCAUAUCCAUGUACAACGUCAAAGACAUGCUGCAGGAACUCAAAUUCGUGCCAGUGGAACAGAAGAAAGCGGAAGGUUCGGCCCGUGAAAAUGAAAUAUUGCUGCAAAGGAGGAAAGGUGCCUCUGGUGAUCACCCACCGACUGCAGCAAAUACAACCACGGUACCUUAUCGUGUUGUGGACAACCCAGGAAGAUUGUCAGCCGCAGAAUGGGAUCGGGUUGUCGCUGUGUUCGUGCAAGGUCCAGCUUGGCAGUUCAAGGGCUGGCCAUGGGACGGAAAUCCAGUUCAAAUAUUUGCUAACAUCUGUGCCUUCCAUCUGAAGUACGACGAGAUGAAACUGGACGCGAACGUGGCGCGCUGGGCCGUGUCCGUGCUCAACCUCAGCCGCACCAAGCGCCAUCUCGACCGCGCCGUGCUGCUCGGCUUCUGGGAGACGCUCGACAAGCACAUGAUGAAGAAUAAGCCGCAUCUUAGAUUCUAAGUCUGAAUAAGGGCCGAUUUUUCAAUUGCCAGUUAAUUUUUGUCUGAAGAAAAAAGUUGAAAGUUUUGCCAAAAACAUCACUUAUUCAUCAGAUAAAAAAUGCCUAGUUAUUGAAAAAUCGGCCCUUAGUAGUGUAUAAAAUAUAUCCUAAAGUUUUAUUAUAUUUUACCGUGUGAAUAUCCAGUAAAAAGCUUUUUAAAAGCAAAGCGAAUCUAAGUCAGAUGGUACCAUUUAGUGACUAUUUUGGCUCUUCAAUCCCACCUAUCAAGCCUUGACCGACUUAGAUCUGUUUAAACUAUGACUAAUUUUACUUUGAUUUGUAAAUGAACUGUAGUCUUAUUAGCAUGACUUUAAUGUUAUUAUUUAGUCGCAUUUAGAAAACGUCCAGUGUGAUAGCUAUGCAUACAUCGACUUAGAAAACUUAGAGACAAUAGAUUGUUAAAUGUAUAUCUACAGAUAACUUUAACAUUGUACCUACGUCCUACAUGUUAAUUA